AUUGAAAGUAGACAUGUUUUGAGAUUAUUAUUUCAGGAGAAAGCUGAAACUGUCAAAGAAUUUCUUCGUAUGAUGGCUGUUUGUCACACAGUUGUACCGGAAAAGCAAGAAGAUGGCAAUCUACGAUACCAGGCCUCCUCACCCGAUGAGGGUGCACUUGUUCGUGGGGCUGCAGCACUUGGAUUUGUCUUCCACACGAGAAAGCCGCAAAGCAUCCUGGUUUCUGAGCUGGGCAUAAACAAAAGUUAUGAAGUGCUAAAUGUACUGGAAUUCACUAGUGAUCGAAAACGAAUGGGUGUUGUUGUGCGAUUUCCAACCGGCAUCCUGAAACUCUAUGUCAAAGGAGCGGUCAGUAAGUGGAAAUUUUUCAUUUUCUUCUCAUAA